GCUGCUGAGCGCCAGAGGAUGCCUCCGAAGGAGAAGCGAGGCAUCCAUGACCACGCCAAGAAGUUACACCAGGCGGCAACCUUCAGCGAGCGGAUCCAGGCCAUCGGCUACAACUCGGGCACGUGGUCCUCCAAGGAGGACGAGAAGUUCGGCAUCGAGAAGCUCUCGGCGGCCCACUCGAGGCAGGGCUACGCGCGCUGCAAGAGGAUGUUCGCCGACACCGAGGUCGACAUGGAGCUGGACGCUGCGACGCGCGGCGCCGCCGCCGACAAGAAGCGGAAGGUGGACAGCGAGGUGGACGGCUUCCUCGCGGAGGCCCAGGGCACCGCGGUUGCCGGCCAGCCCAGUGCGCUGCUCGCCGCUCCGGCGUCAGGGCCGCCCAGGCAGGGCGCGAAGGCGGGUUCCCUCUCCCAGCUGGUGGUCGUGAGGAAGAAGCAGCGGGCCCGCCGCGGGCGCCGCGGCCGCGGGGGCGCCGCCGGGCGGCCUGGGCCUGGGCGCCUACAGCAGCAGCGGCAGCGGCAGCGAGGAGGAGGGGUGACGCUGCCCGCUCGGCGCCCCGCGCCUCUCGGCCGCGCCGCACGCGGCGCGCCCGCGGCCGGGUGCAUCUCCUCCCCGGGCCUGUGGCCUCCCCGCGUCCCCGCCCUCCUCGUGGCUGCCUCAUGGAGGCCUCGAGAUUCCUCCCUCCCUCCCGGUCCUCCUCCGCU